CGCGGCGGCAUCCGCGGGCACCCGCCGCCCGCUGCACCGCGCCGGGCGCGGCGCAUCCUGGGCCGGAGUGCGGGCGGGGCGCGGGGCACGCCGGGGAAUGCAGUCCCGGCGAUGCGGUGCCGGCAGCCGCCGAGCCCUGAGCGGAGGCCGGGACGGCGAUGAGCGCCGCCGCCGCCAAGUCCUUUACAGCUAUUUCCGAAGUUCCUGUUCUUGGAGAGUGCGAAUUGCACUGGCUCUGAAAGGAAUUUCCUAUGACCUGGUCCCAGUGAACCUCAUUAAGGAUGGAGGACAGCAGUUUUCUGCUGAAUUCAAGGCACUGAAUCCAAUGCAGCAAGUCCCGGCCUUGAAAAUUGAUGGCAUCACCCUUUCUCAGUCGCUAGCUAUAAUUAAUUACCUAGAAGAGACACAUCCUAACCCCAGGCUCCUGCCCCAAGAUCCAAAGAAGAGAGCCCAAGUCAGAAUGAUCGCUGAUCACAUUGUCUCUGGCAUUCAGCCACUCCAGAACCUGAGUGUCCUGAAACAAAUGGGGGACAAAAAAAUGGAAUGGGCUCAGAACUGUAUCACAUCUGGCUUUCAAGCACUGGAGCAGAUUCUGCAGCACACUGCUGGACACUACUGUGUGGGGGAUGAAGUUUCCAUGGCUGAUCUGUGUUUAGUGCCUCAAGUUGCCAAUGCUGAAAGAUUCAAAGUGGACAUGGGUCCAUAUCCCACAAUAUCCAGAAUAAAUAAAGCUCUCUUGGAGUUAGAGGCCUUCAAAAUUAGCCACCCUUCCCGGCAGCCAGAUACUCCUGCAGAGCUGCGAGCUUGAAGCCCUUCUACUCAUUAAAUCUAGAAAGCUGCCAUGAUAAAGAAGAUAACACCAACAGGAUGAGUAGGACUUCAGUGCCACUAGGAAACCCCAGUACUAUUGUUUCCCUUUCAUCUGGGUGGGAAGGACAGAGGACCAGGAAAUAGUGUGGAUGACUUACAGGAGCUAUGCCCCUGCCGGAAUACCUGCAGCUACUAGUUUUUUCUAUGCAGUCUAUCUCCAUGAAACACAUUAAAGCAGAAGUAUCCAUAAUGA